UUUUCGGAAAAUACCAAAACGCGCUAACAAUCAGCUUUCUAUACAUCUCGCAUUUCAUAUGCAUUGUGACGUAUAGUUGAGAGUUAGCCAUGCAAGGUUUUCGCCUUUUAGUAUUACAAUAUAAUAGUCCGGCGUACUAAUAGUGCACCAGUACUUAUAUUUCCGUUGCUCUAUACUAAUAGGAGGCACCCUUCGCUUUUGGUUUCAUUUAUGUAAACUUUUUCUCAUUGGUAUGACUUCCAGACUUUAAUGAGCAUCUCCAUCAUCAAGAGACGAUAGACCAGCUUAACGAGGAAGAAGCAUCGAGCUUAUUGAUGUGCACCAUCUUCAAUCCGAAGUGAUUCGACACCAACCGGAGGCCAUGCAUUGAGGAUGCGGCUUUCCGGGAGGCGUGGCUGACCACGGCUGUUACCAUGACGACUGAGAAGUCAUCCAAACUCCGCAUCGCCUUCAUUGGAGAAUGUUGAUGAUUGCUACGGAUCUGGGGGGAAUCUAAAGAAUAUUAGAGAUUGGAUUGUAUCACUAUUAGCGGGUGAAUAUUAGCGUAGAGUAAGCAGCUGUCAUUCUGCGGUGCCGGUCUGUCAUGAGAACAUAAUAAGGAAGCGAAGUCUACUACUUCAUGAAAUUUGAGAGGACUUUUGCACCAGAUACUGUUCUAGACAGAAGUGGCAACAUUAAUGUUCAAGACAAAUGGUAUCACUUUCUUCAUGAUAAUUACUUCUUCUGACUACAUUAACUAUUUCUUGAAAUUGGAGACAAUGUUUACACCGCAAACCAGACAGACAUUUCGUUUUUAUAUGGUCUGCUUUCUGAUAGCCAACCUCGAGCUAUCAUAUUAUAACAGUGUCACUCGUGUACUUUCCUGAUCAAUUAACAUUGACACUAUCAACGAGACUGCGCAAAUUGAAGAUCUGACAAUAAUUAUUCUGCCAAUGAACUGAUGACAGUGUGUUACAGAUUUAUGUAGAUUUGCCUCAUAAUGUUGAAUAUUGACCAACGGCGUGUUUCGUGAAGAACAUUAUUUUGUGUGUAAACCUUGUUGUGAUGACUCUUACGUGAAACAUAACCCUGUCCUAAGUGGGACAGAUGACUUUCUUGCUGGUAUAAUAGCUCGAACGCACUGUCGCAUAACGCCCUGUAGCUCAGACAGCAAUUGGUUAUCGACUUCCUUCACACAUCAGCUCGUGUUUUUGCGAGGAGUCAAAGAUUCAGCAACUUACUUUCCUUGUGAAGAAGUAGAAUUGGUGCCUUCUCUUUCAAGUUCUGAGCGAAGAUAUUUCAGUUUGUGCGAUAUGAAAGUGCUAUAUGAGAGUCAAAGUCGUCACUGAUAAAUGUAGCUCAUACCGAGUGAGUAGGAACUACUGGUCGUUACGGGGUGGUUGCAUAACCAGUCAGACCUGUGCAUCAUUUUGUUACACGAAUAUAACUCAGACCUAAUUCAUAGUGCGUCCAAUUAUUGAGCAGAAGAAUGGAAGCGACCGAAGUUCUACCGUUCUUCGAUAUGACGUCGUCGAAUUCAUCCGUGGUCGACGACUACGAAGACGAUGACGGAUUAUUCCCUCAUUCCCUCGCGUGGAACAUCGCCGUCGGAAUCGUUUACUGUCUCAUCAUCGUCAUCACCCUGAUCGGCAACGCUUUCGUCAUGGCCGCUUACAAGGUGGAUGAACGAAUCCGCGCUCGGCCUUCAAACCUCCUCAUCCUCAAUCUCUCCAUCUCCGAUUUCUUCGUUGGGAUCACGCUCAUCUUCAAUUUCGUGUUCAUCCUCUUUGACGAAUGGCCACUUGGCGAGAUACCGUGUAAGCUCUGGACUGUGCUUGACUACACCUGUUCUUUCAUGUCGGUGAUCACCAUUACCCUCAUCAGCCUCGAUAGAUACUGGAUGGUGAAGAAGAAGUUGGGUUACCGAAAAUACCAGACCAAGAAACGCAUCCUGAUCACCCUCGCCAUCUGCUGGAGCGUCGUCAUCUCCUUCUACACCAUCACUGCCUUCGGUUACGGCGCGAUGACGCAAACGAACUACGUCGAUUUCUCCGACGAUUGCGAGAUGGAGUAUUUAUAUAACGUGCCGUUUUCGGCGGUUAUGAUCGUUGUGGAGUUUGCGAUACCAUUCUGUAUCAUUAUUUAUUUGAAUGUGGUGGUGUUUAUGAAUAUUCGAAUGAGAACAGGAGGACUUGUUAGGUCGAAAACUGAUAAGGGGUCCAACACGACGCCGAUACCGUCGACGGAUGCUGGCAAAUCGAUCGGGACCGAUUCGGCAAGCGGGUUAGCCUUUUCCUCCAAUCCUCUGUACACCAAAAAACCCGUUCCUAUCGUGACGAUAUCAUACAUGACCAAAGAUGACGUCGUGACACCAAAUGGCGAUACCGAGUCAACAGACGAAAAGCCCUCGAAGGCAUACGAGGUAGAUGAUUCCUUCGAGGAGUCAAAGGCUUCUGAUGACGGCAUCGUGACGGAAGGAGCUAACAUCGCUUCAUAUUCGAACGGUUUUUCAAACCCGAGUGUAGAUUUAAACGACGUUGAUAUCAAGACUGAGAGCCGGAUGGAAGGGGAGCUAAAUAGCGAGAACGCGAAUAAUAACGCUAAUCAUAGCAUCGAUGGUUCGACUGUUGGUAGAUUAAAAGUCCAGGAAAAGACACGCCCGCUAUCAGGUGCGUCGCUGAACUCUGCGAGCUCUGACGGGCUCACGACUCUGUCACGAGCUAAAAAGGAACAAGCCAAGAAGAACAAUCGUGAGUUCAAACGACAACGACGCGCCGCCAUCGUGCUCUUCACGCUCGUCAUCGCUUUCGCCAUAUGUUGGCUACCUUACCAGAUCACAACCAUCCUCAUAACCAUCAUGGGCGACGGGUCGGUCCAUUUCAAUGUCGAGGAAGUCAUGACAAAUCUGCUUUGGUGUAACUCGACCAUCAACCCGUUCCUUUAUGCCUUGGUUACCAUGUCUUUCCGGAGAAACUUCCUUCGGUUCCUCGGCCUUCAUCGGGUUACGUGUUGUAAACGAAAGACGUCUUCGGGUGAAACGCAAGAUCGGCCCAACACGAGUGAUCCGACCGAAUGCAAUAGCUAAACGAAAGAAUUAAGUCUACUAGAAAUAAUUAUCGUAGUGUUACUAGGCCAAUCGUUAAUCCGAAAUCGUUGGCCACGCGGAUUUUCCGAAGAAACUACCCACCGGUUCCUCAUCAGUUUAACACGAGGGAUUCAAUUUAGUGUGAUAGCUAAACGAAAGAAGAAGAAAAUAGGGAAACAAAAUUAUCUUAACUAGUAAAUACAUCCGGGUCAGUGGUUUAAAGAGUAGCGAUUGAUCCAAAAGCGAUGCCCACUGUGUCUUUCCGAAGAAUCCCGAAGAAGGUUCUUCGUCCUUCAUCGGAUCACUCCUUGUCAAAAGAAGACAUCUUUAGGUAAAAAUUUAAUGCAGGAUCGGGUCAACAAGAGUGAUCCAGGCCAGUCGAGUAUGAAAG